GUCAGUGGACCAGAGGCUGCCUGUGCCUUGUUGUCAGCGGCCGCUUCAAAGCAGCAGAAGAAGAAGAAGAAAGAAAGAAAGUCAAAGCCUUCGCUUGUGUUGUGUUUGCUGUGUCUGCAGGAAGUGUUCGCCUCGCCGCCAACAUGCUGGCUGGCGGCUGACGCGGAGGUCGACCCUCUUACAUAAGCCGCAGCCGCGCCAAGACGCAGGAUAGCGGAUUGAGACGUUGCAGUGUCAGCUGUGUGACGCCGCCAUGAACGUGGGCACGGCGCACAGCGAGGUGAACCCCAACACGCGCGUGAUGAACAGCCGCGGCAUGUGGCUGUCGUACAUCCUGGGCAUCGGCCUGCUGCACGUCAUCCUGCUCAGCAUCCCCUUCGCCAGCGUGCCCGUGGUCUGGACCCUCACCAACCUCAUCCACAACCUGUGCAUGUACCUGCUCCUGCACACCGUCAAAGGGACGCCCUUCGAGACCCCCGACCAGGGCAAGGCCCGCCUCCUCACGCACUGGGAGCAAAUGGACUACGGCGUGCAGUUCACCGCGUCACGCAAGUUUCUCACCAUCACGCCCAUCGUCCUGUACAUCCUCACCAGCUUUUACACCAAAUACGACCGGGUCCAUUUCGUGGUGAACACGGUGUCGCUGCUCACCGUGCUCAUUCCCAAGUUGCCUCAGCUGCACGGCGUGCGCCUCUUUGGCAUCAACAAAUACUGAAGCAGGCGGAGCGCCAUCAGGAGGCAUUGGCGAGGUCAGGACCGCCGCGCCGUCGAAGACGAGGCGGACUCCCGGCUGUCUGCGAGCGUCGGCCUGCAAAAGUCAGAAGGCAUCUCAAAGGGUGUUAAGACGUUAGUUAGCAUGUUAGCAUACUUUUCUCCUACGCGUCUGCAAGGAACCACGAGACUCUCAUGAGAGGACGAAGACGACACGCCCGGAAAGUCAGGGUUUUUUUUCUGUCUCUUGUCCUGCGUUUUGCGGAGGAUGAGCAGAAUAGUUGAAGUAGAGGAGCUCCCAGCAUGCAUCAGUGCGCUCCACGCCAUGGCCGCCUUUGUAGCAUUUCAUGUUGAUAUUUAUUCAGUUUGUUUUGACCAAACGUAGCUGCUGUCUGUGGCCGAUAAGGGCUUUCGUCUAAGGUUGGACUCUUUUUAAAAGACGGCUACGUCAGCGAGGGACUCGUUAGCUAGCCAUAACACACGUCACGUGAUCUUACUGCGUACAAAAAUACAAUAUUUUUCAAACCGA